UUGAAAUUUUAAUCGGGGUCGGGAAUCACAAUUAAAGCAGUCGCAGAAUCAAAAGAAGAUUCGUUGAAGAAAUCAAAAGUAAGAAACUCAAGGAAAAAUGCGCUAUUUUAAAAACAGACUGGCUGAUUUUGUUCUAGAGAAGCCGGUUUCAGUAGAUAAAUCGAAAUGGCAUGACAAUGCUAUUGCAAUUGUGAAGACAAUCUUAGAAAGAAUGCCUCCUGACCCCAGUACUUGUUCUGGGGGAUUGUAUGUCGGUAACUCGGGGGUGGGUUACAUGCUGUAUUACCUAGCCACACAAGAAUCCUUUCAGAGUGAAAGACAAGAUUACCUAGAGCAGGCUUUAAUGUAUGCUAAAGUGAACAUGGACUAUAUUGGGAGGGGAGGAAUGAGGAGCGAUCCCCCAUCCUCUUUCAUUCUGGGUCAGGCAGGUGUGCUAGUGCUCUGUAGUUUGUUGUACAAGACCAUAGGGGAUGAAAAGAGUUCUGAUCGAUAUAUUGCUCAAUAUGCACAACUUGCUGAGCACUGUAAGAAGAUUGAUUUCUUUGGAAGGAAUGGUUCAGAUGAGUUGUUUGUUGGACGGGCAGGGUACUUGUGUGGUGUUUUGGCACUCCGACAGAAAACAGGUAAACAGGUCAUAGGAGAUGAUGUUUUAACUGGUCUUUGGAGGACAAUGGUUGCUUCUGGAAGGAAGGGGGCAGAAAAACAACAUUCUAGUCCUAAAUCAGCCCUGAUGUAUUCAUAUUAUAACACAGAAUAUUUAGGAGCUGCCCAUGGUUUGUCAUCCAUUCUACAAAUGCUCCUAAGCUUCCCAGAGAUUUUGAAAUCCGAUCCAGCAGCUGAGCAGGAUAUCCGUAAAUCUGUGGAUUUUAUGUUAGGUCUGGAGCAGCACGGUAACUACCCUCCUGCCAUGGAUGAAGUGGGACCUCAUCACAGACGUCCUGAGGACCAGGAACUCGUACACUGGUGUCACGGGGCUCCAGGUGUCGUUUACCUCUUUGCCCGAGCUUUCAAAGUGUGGGGAGACCAGAGGUACCUGGAUGCCUGUCUACGUUGUGGAGAGGUCACCUGGACAAAAGGCCUGCUGAAGAAAGGCCCGGGAAUUUGUCAUGGGGUAGCGGGUAGUGGCUACGUAUUUCUCCUCCUGUAUCGUUUGACCGGUGACUUUAAACAUCUUCAUCGAGCUCAGCAGUUCGCUGAAUUUCUGUUUACUGAAGAGUUCCAGCGCGGAGCCAGGGUACCAGACACUCCGUUUAGUUUGUAUGAAGGAUACGCUGGGACUGUAUGUUUCCUGGCAGACCUGAUACAACCUGAUAAAGCUGAAUUCCCUUUCUUCAAUGUCAUCUUUUGAAAAUUUUUAUAGAUUACUAUUUCUUUAUCCUUGUCUGAAGAUGAGCAUGUGAAUGACAUCAUAUCCUGAGUUGUUUGUAGGGAUCAAGACAAUGCUUCAGACUCUAUACAUCAGAAAGUUUUAUAUCACAGUUGAAAUGCAGUAUCUUGAACAUGGAUAUUUUGAAUACCAUGCUUAUAUCAAAAUGAUUUGGAAAUCCUGACAACUUAUUUUACAAAGUAUUUCACCCACGAUAUCUCUAAUCCUCAGAUAUAAUGUAAAAUGUAUACCUAAAAAGUUUUUCAUUGCUUUCCAUGGAAUCUCGUUUCACAAUUUACACAAUAUAGACAAGUCUUGUAGCAAGACUAAUUCAUACAAUAUAAUGCAGCUGUGGAAAAUUUAGUGCAAAUUAUUGUGAUUAUUUAUGCUAUUUUACAGUGUUUUGUUAUAACUUUUUAUAGAAUUAAAUGUCAGAAACUUU